CAGUCUGAAUUUACCGUGGAGUCGUGUUGUACGUGUUUUUCCAAAAAGGUGCGCAAAACUUGUGAAAGAAAAGUGUUUGAAGAAAUCAAGCAAUAAUAAGAAAUAUUUUGAAAGUUUUGUUGUUGCUCAAAAGAACUGAUAAGCCGUUAGUUGGCCUGAUAAGGCCUUAUAUAGUUAAAUAGAUAACGAAAAAUUAGUGGCAGCUACAGACAGUGAUGAUCUCAUCAUGUUGUGAAAAUUGAAAACACAAACAAAAACGGCUGCACUUAACGAAAAAGUGCCAUUAAACGAAAUUUUGAAAUUAUUAUUUUAACGAACAAAAUUUAACGAAAAAAAAAAUUAAUACAACAUACAAACAUUUAUUUACAACAAAAGAAACAUGCGUUUCAAAUUUCUGCACUUACUCAUGCUCACCUGCACAUUCGCUGCAGCUCUGGCGAGUGCAAAUGAGAAUUACUCAUCGGAACUCGAUAACGAUCCACAAGUAAGCGAUGCCAAAUUCAAAGUGUCGAAGGAUGCCGAGUUUGUUGAAAUGGUGCCGGAAAUAGUGCAAGAAAAGGUGAAAUCAACGAAGAAACCAACAAUUGCGCCAACUACAAAAACAACAACCACAACGACUAAACCAACAACACAUAAAUUAAGUCCCGCACUGGCAAUUGCGCCGCGCGUGAAUAACGGUAUAACAAUGAGAAAUCAGACAAAACUCUUCUUGGAAAGAGCGGGCGCUAUAAAAGUCAGCGAAGAUUUCUACCUCGGCGAAUUGGGCUAUGAUAUUAGCGAUGACGGUUAUGAUUGGUCCAAUCUCAAUAAUCCCGUGGCACCCCCGAAUGUGGCCUCCCAUACGGCUGGUGGCUAUGUCAUCACCGCACAACGUUUACAAGAGAUCCGUUCAAAUUUGAUGUACUGGUAUUUCGAUAGGGAUACGAAUGGUGGACGUGGUGACUAUCAAUACGAUAUACAUGCUUCAAUGACCCAAUUACAUAAGAACUUAAACUUUCGCCUGCCAUUCUUUGGAUUCAUCUAUAAUUACACGCGGCUUUCACUAAACGGCUACUUGGAAUUCUCCGAUCCGCCAGAAUAUCUCACAUAUCCUCUCGUGUUCCCCAUUAAAGACUACCCGAAGCGUCGUGAUCCUUCAUUUAUUGGUAUUUGGUUCUCCAAGUGUCGUGUGGGACGUAUUUAUCCAACAGAUAUUGAUCAGCGUGUACCUGGUGUAUAUUUCCGCCUCGAACGUGAUCUGCUUACACGCACCGACCGUUUUGGCGUCGAAGUUCGUGAACGUACCAUGUGGGAUAUACGUGAGGGUGUCGUUGGUGCCGAAACAUUCAUACCUAAGCACGUUAUUAUCGCAACUUGGAAAAAUGUUUCGUUUGCUGGUGGCAUUGACAAUUCGCUAUUCACGACAAACACUUUCCAAAUGGUUAUAGCCACGGAUGAAGUCUACACAUAUGCCAUAUUCAAUUAUGAUUUACUAAAAUGGUCCUCGAAUACCGAGGCAGGCGGCGAUACCACGACCGGUGAGGGUGGUGUACCAGCUUACGUCGGCUUCAACGCAGGUAACGGUACACGCUCUUACGAAUACACCCCUUACAGUCAACAGAUGGUGAUACGCGAUUUGACGGGUCGCGGUUGGGGCAAUGGAUUCCCAGGCCGACAUCUAUUUCGCAUUGACGAGCAAAUUUUAAUUGGCUCCUGUAAUAAGGAUAUCGAUGCAUCACAUUUGCCCUUGUCAUUCGCGCCGGAAGCUGGUAAUAUGCUGGGCGGCACUGUGGUCAAUAUCACCGGUCCCUGUUUUGAUCCGAAGAAACGUGUUACAUGCCAUUUCGAUACGGAGGAUGUGCUGGGUACUUUUGUGAAUAAGAAUCGUGUUAUAUGUGUGCAGCCGUUCUUGAAAGCCGAGGGUUGGGUGCGUUUUGAGAUAUCGGUUGGCAAUCAGCGUUUCAAAUGGCGUGGCAGAUAUUUUGUGGAAACACCUGCUUUAGCCACAGAGAAAAUUUUCUUCGAAACCGAAGAUGUGCACAAGAAGGCACCGGAGCAGAUACAAAUCAAUUGGGAUCCUUACAAUUUGACUUCGAACGGCAAUGCUAAUAUAAUGAUUUCCCUUUGGGGUUAUCGUGAAGUGACCAUUUAUCCACAAUUGGAGUACAUUGACACUAUUGAAGCGGGUUUAACUAAUACCGGCUCUUAUGUGAUUUAUCCCAACAACUAUAUAAAUCGUAACAACUACAAUAAUGAUCUACAAUUUGGCUUCUUGCAAAUCAAUCUUACCAAUCCAGAGCAGUAUUCGGGUUUGAAGAUUAGUCCCACACUCUGGUCGCGCCCCAUACCAUUGGGCUGGUAUUUCAAUAAACAAUGGGAACGUAAACACGGCCUGCGUUGGCCUGAGGCACUUUGCGAGAAUUGGAUACGAAAUGACCGUUAUUUGAGAACCUUCACCGGUGAUCUGCCGCUUUGCCCCUGCACACUUGAGCAAGCCGUUUACGACAAAGGACGCUACCGACCGGACAAGGAAUGCGAUAAAGAUUCAAAUCCGACAUGUUUGCGCCAUAAGAAUGCCAUUCAUUGUGUCGUCAGUGGCAACCCAGUAGCGGAGGGCGCCGAGCAGCAAUGUUGUUACGAUCGUUAUGGCGUUCUGAUGCUGACACAAGAUCAAGUUUGGGGUUCGCGACCACGUCGUAACCAUAAUCUUGGUAAAAUGCCUUGGAACGAAGCAGGGAAAGUACCGACACUAUCUAACUGGUUUCACGAUAUGCGUCCUUGGUAUUCCUGUUGUCACUGGCAGAGGGAACAAUCGGUAAACUGUGAAACAUUCCGCUUUGAGCGUCGUCCCUCACAGGAUUGCGUUGGUUAUCAAGCGCCCGGUGUAGCUGGCGUCUUCGGUGAUCCACAUUUUAUUACCUUCGAUGGCACACCAUACACUUUCAACGGCUUGGGUGAGUUUGUGUUGUCACGUAGUGUUUCCGCCGAUCGUCGCUUUGAGGUACAAGGUCGUUUCGAGCAGGUACCCAAAAAUCAAUAUGGCGCUGUUAUGGCUACACAGUUGACUGCGUUGGCAAUGCGUGGCAAUACGACCACUACAAUCGAGGUACGUUUGCGUCCGAAAUUCGCACGUUGGCGUUAUGCCCUGGACGUGUUGGCCGACGGACGACGCAUCUACUUCGAUCGUGAAAGCAUGAGGUUCCAACAUUUCGACGGCGUUACUGUCUAUACGCCCACCUACUUGUUGAAUCAGUCACAAGUGGUGGUCAUGUUUGAUGGAGGUGUAGGCGUGGAGGUGGUGGAGAAUGAGGGUUACAUGACGGGACGAGUGUAUCUGCCGUGGGAUUUCAUAAAUAAAACUGCUGGUCUCUUUGGCAAUUGGUCCUUUAAUGCGCUAGAUGAUCUCGUUUUACCCGAUGGCACUGUGGCCAAUGUGAAUAUGAAUGAUUUCCGACAAAUCUAUUACAACUUCGGCUUGAAAUGGAUGUUGGCCGAUCGCAAUAUACCGAAUGUUGGCACGGCUUUAUUCUCGCGAGACAAUGGACGUACCGCGAGUUACUACUCCAACGCUUCAUUUGUGCCGAACUUUCUUAAAGAGCCGCAAGACUUCUUGCCAUCGAACCGUUCGUAUGAUGUGGAGCGCGCUGAGGAGUUGUGUGGGGAGAGUUAUCAGUGUCGCUAUGAUUAUGGCAUGACACUAAAUGCAGAUAUGGCGCAUUUUACGAAAAAUUACUACGACAGUUUGGUCAAUAUCAGAAAUUUGAAUUCAAAACGCACAGUUUCUUGUGGCGUGCUGGAGACUCCACGCUUUGGUCGCAAACUGAGUUUCGAUUUCAUGCCGGGCGCUAAGAUUGCGUUUGAGUGUGAUGAGGGUUUUGUCUUAAUGGGCGAUCAGCGUCGCGAGUGUUUGGCCAAUGGCUUAUGGAACGUACCAGAGUAUGGCUAUACGUAUUGUUUGCGUGAAGUCUUCUAUACCCGUCGUAUCGCCUUCAUCGCGAUCGCUAUUAUCGUACUCGUCAUAUGCCCAUUGAUGAUUUGCAUUGUCUGCGGCAUUUAUCGUUUCCGCCAGAAGCAGUUGAAAGAGGAUCCCGCCUGGCAGAUGACCAUACCACGUAGCCGCGCAUCUUCACGCUCCAAUUUGCGUCAGCUGAGCGGACCGGACGACGAUAGCGAUACGGAUGCAACGGGCACUCUUAAGAAAAGUAGGUCAUAUGAUAAAGUUUAUCGUACGAAUGAACCACUACCGGGCAAACCCCGUAUUGACUUUCCAGCUAAGAAAUGGGACCUGGAUGAUGAGGAUGUCACCUCGUCCGAAGGUAGUGAAAAUAAAGAUACAAAAGUUGCUAGCGAUAUUGAAUACGUUAAUAAAACAGGUGACAAGCCGCGUCAAAUGGGUAGACGUUCGUUGCGCAACAAUUCCGGCACCGAUCAUGAUCUGCCCGAGGCCGAUGAGGAGGGCACCGCCGUCGAUGAUGAGCCAGCGCACGAACACCAGCAGGGACAACUUAACGACACGACCGAUGCAUCCAACCCGGCCGCCUAUCGUAAUCAGCCACCAUCGCCCGAGACGGACGAAGAGCCACAGCAUAAUGCUACUUUGCAUCAACAAUAUAGUCCGACUUUUAGUGCUGCCGAUAGCCGUAAUAGUUCCAUGAAUUAUCAACCCAACGCAGCGAUACAAAAUCGUUUUGGUGGUGUGCCAGUGUUGCCCAACAAUACACAGUUCUUCACACGUCCCCCAUCGAAUAUACCGGCUGGUGCUACCUCAGUGCCACUGCGUCAGGCGCCGAAUGUGGCGCCGUUGACACAAGAUAAUGGUUUACCAUCGCCACCAUACGCGGCAUCGCCCACACCAUCGCAACAACGUUCGACGGAGGUUUAAGCGCUGUUUUUUAUAUCCAUUAGCGGUACCACCUCGGCUCCUGGUUGAUUUCUGAGUACAAAUCUUAUACAGAUUUACGUUCAUCACUGCAAUAGUUGUUACAUAUAAAUAAUUUAAAAAUCGCCUACUAAUCCAACAUCCUAUCCUAUCGUCGUUCGCAUUGAAAGUAACAAAUUAAGUGCAUUUUUUAAUAACCUCAUCCAUUGACUAACACACAUAUAUACAUACAUAUGUAUGUGUACGCGUAGUUUGAAUAAAAUGCACAGUUCGCUCAAUUCACCGACAAUAUCAAUAUCGCCAUUCAUUCAGUCAUUGUUCGUGCCGAUUCAUUUCAAGCCGAUGGUGUUUAUAAGCUUAUGCACUCACCAAUAUAUGUAUACAUACAUAUAUUCUUUUUCAUUUAUAUAUUAUUAAUUACACAUAGAAGCUGAAGUAUACCUACUCAAAUGACAAAUAUCCGCCGAUAUAUCUACAACCAUAAAUCUGUACAAAUUCUGCCGGCCAUGCUUCUGCGAAUGAUCAAAAAUGUCAUCACAACUUUAUUUACCGUUAAAUACAUGCAUAUACAAAAUAGUUAAUAGUUUUUUUUUUAAGUCAAACUUGCUUUUGUAUGAUUUAUGCAUGAAUCAAAAAAGUUAUUAAAAAUUAAGAAAAUUCA